ACGGAGUUAAUGCAAACGAAGCCCUUCAGAACAGUUUCAACCGUUGCAUAGCUGCUGACUUGUUUUUUGGAGCCUUUCGUCCCAAGAUUUGACCAAUUUGUCGAAAUGGAUCAGUGAUUAAUGCCAGGACGAAGGAAUAUUUGGGACACAAAAGGGUUUCCUGCCUUGUUUAAUUUCUAGAGAAUAGAAAGCAUUGUCUUUUUGGAAUGGAUUCUUCAAUACCUGCCUUGUGAAGUAUGAAUCUUAUCACAAACAUCCUCAAUUGAACUGCAAGAUGCUGAACUUUAUUGCAAGACCCUAAAGCAACUUCUUCAAAUUGUUCAGCCAAACUUUGAAACUUGUCUGUAUUGAGGAAUUGCCUGGUGUGAGUCAUCUUGCCAUGGAAUUCGACUUCAACAUAGAAGAGUUGAUUGACUUGAGCUUCCUAACAGAUGAGGAGCAGGAUGUGAUUGCACAAGUUCUUCACCGGGAUACCAAACUCCGUUUAUUGGAAGAACAACGUGUCAAGAAGUUACAACAGUCAGUUCUUGAUCCAGAACAGCUAAAAAUCGUAACAGGAGAUUGGUUCAAGGAAGCCAGAUCAAGGCGCCACUCAGACAAAUGGAUUGGGUCAGACAUCGUUCGGGCUUCCAUUCGCAAGAAGAAAAGAACAAAAGGUGAAGGCGAAAAGAGGGUGACGAUUAAUAAUGAGAAAAUCAUUAUUAAUGAGCAGAGUGAUCAGGACGGAGAAGAACAUGAGAAUGAGAAUGGUGUUGUAACUGAUGAAGACACGGUUAAUCCCGAUCUGGUGAAUACAGGAGUGGAUGAGACAGAUUGGGAACUGUUAGAAACCCACAACAGGUUAUUUGAUGACAUGAGAAAUGUGGCUUCAAAUGAAGAGACUUUUACUUUUGACACCAAUACGCAGGCCCAGCAUAAUAGCAAUGAGGCUUCAGUGACAAAAGUUGCUGUGGGCAAUGACUUGUUGAGAGAUGAGGAGGACCACAAACCGAUGCCAGUUAUUACAGUGCAGAAUGAUGAUGAUGAUGUUGAUGAUGAUGUUGAUGAUGAUGACACUGUUAGUUCCAAGUACAAUAAUGAGGCCAACUUGCGAGCAGAAGGUGUGGACAUCAAAAGCUCAGUAUCCAGUUUGCAAUCCCCUGCUGUGGAUGUCAGCGGUUCGAUGUCCAGUUUCCAGUCUGCUGGUCUCAGUGGCAGUAUGAUGAGUUUGUACAGCAACACUGAUCUUGGAUAUGUGGAUGUGAGCGGCAGUGUCACUUUCUCACUCCAUUAUAAUGAGAGCCAUAAUGAGUUUCAGAUUCAUGUGGUGCAAUGCAAUGAUCUAGCUGCAGCAAAGAAAAAUACUUCUAACCCCUAUGUGAAGAGUUAUCUUCUCCCAGACAAAUCAUCUCAAGGCAAGCGUAAGACCGGAGUGAAGAAGAAAACCUUGAAUCCUACAUUUAAUGAGUCAUUAACGUAUAAACUGGGAAAAGAAGAGCUGCAGACUCGAACUCUAAAUCUCUCAGUGUGGCAUAGAGAUCGCUUUGGGCACAAUAUCUUCCUGGGGGAGAUAGAAAUCCAACUAGAGCUUUGCGAUUGGAGUAAUACUAAACCGACAACGUACAUCCUUCAGCCACGGAUUGCUGCUCCACCAAGCCCAAACCAAAGAAAAGGUCAGCUGUCCUUGUCACUAAAAUUCGUCCCAGCGGGAUCAUGUGAUCAAGGAUUGCCUUCCACCGCAGAAGUGCACAUCUGGUUAAAGGAAGCACGGAAUCUCAUCCCAGUUCGAUCCAAGGGCAUCAAUUCCUUUGUUAAAUGUUCUAUUCUACCAGAUGCCAAUAAAGCCAGUCAACAGAAGACCAGAGUGAUAAAGAAAGAUCUGAAUCCUGUUUAUAACCACACAAUGGUAUAUGAUGGCUUUCAGACAGAAGAUGUAAGUGAGACCUGUGCAGAAUUCACCAUCUGGAAUCAUGACACCUUUUCCAGCCACCUCUUGGGAGGACUGAGACUCAGUCUGGGAACAGGUCACAGCUAUGGCCAACCUGUCAACUGGAUGGAUUCAAAUGAGGAAGAAGUAUCUGCGUGGCAGGGAAUGCUGGAUGAUCCAGGGCAGUGGGUGGCCAUUCUAUUACCAAUCAGGUCCAAUGUGGUUCCCAGCGAAUAAUCACAGAACCAAAGGCUCUUUCUGAAAAGUAAUUAACAAAACAGAUUGCUGGAGGAACUCACCAGUUCAGGCAGCAUCUGUGGAGGGAAAUAGACAGAUGACGUUUCAGUUCAGGACCCUUCUUUAGACCUGACUCGAAACAUUGUCUGUCCAUUUCCCUCCACAGAUGCUACUUGGUUCACUCAGUUCCUCCAGCACUUUGUUUUUUUUACCCAACAUUUCAGCAUCUGCAGCUCCUGUGCCUCCAUAAUAUGUGUGACUCAACAAAUCCCUUAGAACGUUAUGCUUGGGUUAUUAGGCCUAAAAUGAGAAGACAAAUAUUUGAGGGGAUUGUAGGAGAUGUCAUUGCUGGCUGUUUUGGCGAGAUAUAUGAUUGAGAAAUUAUAUAUAUUCAGGUGACAAUUUUGACUGGGGUGUUACACAACUCUGUCAUAAAGUGUAAAUCAGAUCAACCUCCAUGACAGGGCCUGGGCUAGGAGCUGAGAGUUAGGGCCGUGUAAUAACUAUACAUUUCAUCUCCACUUCAGACCUGCAAUAGGAUAUGUCCAUAUCUGAAAUUUGAUAUCUGAAAACUGUUAUUUGACUGUCGUUUAUCUCCAAAAGGAAUUGUUUAUUAGAAGUUGUCCUGGUAAACAAAUUAACAGUUAUAUAUUUAUAAACCCAAUGCGCUCAAGUGGAAAAAAAUAUUUUUUACAGAUGACAACCUUUUGUUAUUGUAGAAUAGAUAAUGAAUAUGUAGUUUCUUCUACUUGAGAUACUCUUUAAAUGUUUGUUGUGUGGAACAUAAUGUUUGUUGUGUGUUUAAUUUUGAGCCUGGCUUUUAAAUGAAACUGUUGAGGUUCCUGAUAUUUUCAUUAUCAACCUAUACUUUUCUAGCAAGUAAACCAGCUGAGGUAUCUGCAUCACAUACUUAAUGCAACACAGGAAGCCACCUGGCCCAAACUGGCUUCUGAGACAGAAAUCCUUUCAAUCAUAUUUCUUUUGUUUUCCUAUAGGUGGCAGUUUAUUCUUUCUCACGUAUAUCAAUAUCCCUUUGAUUCUUUUGCCACUUACCCACACUAACGGGUAAUUUACAAUAAGCAAUUAACCUUAUUGUUAAUUAAUAUAUGGGAGAGGAAAUGGGAACUCACAGCAGAAACUCGCAAAGCCAUGGAGGAAAUGUGAAAACACGCACGCUCUUUAACUAUUUUUUAUAUUGGAGAGCAUCCUUUACUUCCUUAGUUUCACCGAUGAACAAUGUCCUCAUCCAUCUACCUUUUACCUGGGGUAGGGGAAUCAAGAACUAGAAGACAUAGGUUUUAGGUGAGAGUGAAAAAAUUUAAUAGAAACCUGAAGGGCAACUUUUUCAUUCAGAGGGUCGAGGGUAUAUGGAAUGAGCUGUCAGAGGAGGUAGUUGAGGCACGAACAAUAAUAACAUUUAAAAGACUCUUGGACAGGUACAUGACUAGGAAAGGUUUAGAGGGAUAUGGACCAAGUGCAGACAAAUGGGACUGGCUUAGAUGGGGCAAUUUGGUGGGCAUGGACUAGUUGAGCCUAAAGGCGUGUUUUCAUGCUGUUUGAAUCUAUAACAAACUUAUUUUGUGCAAUUUAAUGAUAUGGUGCAUAGCUCUCUGGGACAUUUCUCCAAUAGGGUUGUAGAUCUUCAAGUUCUUACAAUCACUGCCUCCCAAUACUAACCAGCGACCCAUUUCUUACCAGAGGCCACAUCCCAAUCUCUCCUCUAUCUAUUUUAUCCGAGCCUGUCUGCUAUUGCACUGAUCCCAUCCUUAUAUUAAACGCUGGAUUCCUGUUUGCAAUGGAAUUGUUUAGGUUAGUUAACUCCUUUAACUUUGUGUUCAAGGGUUUCUUUUUACAUACCAAUUAAAUGAAUGAAAACAAAA